UUCAAACUUCAGGAAGAAGAGUCUUCCACGGAACUCAACUCAUCGGAGAUAAAGAGAGAGAGAGAGAGAGAGAGAGAGAGAGCCAUGGUUGACGCUUCAUCCUCGGACUCGCCGAAGCGCCAAACGAACGGCUUCCUCGUAACCAUAACGGCUAUCAUGGCUCUGUUGGCAAAGCGAGCCACGCGUCUAACGGGGAAGCCAAAGGCGGCGGCGGCGGUGACGAAGCCGAUCAAAGACGAUGACUGGAAAAUCGAUCUGAGGACGCCGAAGUCGCCGCUGGCCCGGCCGAAGAAGCUACUGAGCAACAUAAGCAGCAAAGCUCUGUUGCCGUUUGCUAACAACCACAAAAAGAAGCACAGCGAGGCGGAGGCGAUGGCGGAGGGGUGGGGACACGGCGGCGUGUGGCAGAAGGAGAUAUUAAUGGGCGGAAAGUGUGAGCCGUUGGAUUUCUCCGGCGUAAUUUACUACGAUAGCACCGGGAAUCAGAUGAGCGAUGUCCCUCUCAGGUCGCCACGCGCCAGUCCCAUGCCCGGUUAUCUCACUCGCCUUCGACAUCAAACCACCCUCUGAUUAAUUACUAAUUAGCACACACAGGCACGGGAUUUGUGAUCGCACGUGUCUCUUAUUUUUAUUUUCUGGUUUUGUAUUUGAAUUUGAUACUAUUCAAUGUUCUAGGUUAUAUGUAUUUUGCUGCUCAAAAUAUUUGUAUAGAGUUUGUGAAGUUAUGAGCCUCCAUAUGGUUCUGUGAAAGUAUAAGGCAAAAUUUCAAAAAUUCUCCUAUGAGUGUUUUUUUUAGAAAUAUUUCAU